AUGACGCAAUCCGUACUUUUAAACAUCGAUUUACUACAUAUAAUUUUUGAUAAUUUUGAGUACCAGGAUGAUAUGUUUAAUGGGCUUCUUGUAAAUUCUUAUUGGACCUCGGUAAUUGUUGGUAAAUUAUGGAAAAAACCAAUUUGGAAAUCUCCAAGCGUGUUCCAAAAAUUCAUACGAACAUUAAGAAAUCCAACUACUUCAUUCGAAUAUAAUCGAAUGAUCCAAUAUCUAAUAUUUUCUUCAUACAGCCCAUUUCAUGUCGAGAUUUCAAUUCCUGCUGUUGAUAUUAAACUAAUUGCUGAACGAUGCAACAACAUUAAGCAUAUCACCUUCACUCGAUCAUUCUCAGCUGAUACAAUUUCUAUGUUUUUAGAACAUAGUCCUGAUUUGAUUUCUUCAGUAAUUUCUGGGCAAAAUCUAUCAACUUUAAGUCGUGCACUACAGCCAAUUCGUAAUGGAAAUUGUUCAAAACUUCGAUAUCUAGAACUAAACAACUGGAAAUCCGAAUGGAUGCAGCAUGAUAUAUUACGAGACAUAGGGAAACAAUGUCCCAUGUUGACCACAUUGUUAAUUGCCUCAAGUUUAGUAACUAAUAUUUUAGCUUCCAUAAUUGUCGUUUCGUUUCCAAACUUACAAACCUUCACAUGCAGUACCAUAACAGGGUCUGGAUUCACAAUUCUUAUGUCCGGUUGUCCAAAAUUAAAAUCUUUAUCUUUAGAAUUUCCGUAUAUUAGCAUUGAAACUGCCAUGAAUAUAGCAUCUGAAUUUCCACCGUUGGAAUCAAUCAGUUUACGAAUAAGCUCUUAUCGAGGGUUUGACCAUUUUACUAAAUUAUGGGUGCAUUCGCAACAUCAUUUACGACACAUUGAAUUAAAUUUUGCUCGUGGUUUGUUUGAUGAUUCAUUUUUGCCCAUAGCCCAAUACUGUCAUCAGUUAGAAUCUAUAGAACUUCCAACUUGCACAAAUUUAACUGACAUCUCAGUGUCCACAUUGGCUAAAUAUAGAAACAUUAAUCUUCGAAAAUUCACAAUAAUGAAUUGUAAUCAAAUUACUGACGUGG